UUUCUCUACUGCUGUUUGUAUUUCAAGCUUUAAUAAGUGUCAAAAAUAAAACAAACACUUGUGUUGGAGGAGGGAGAGCCACAGCUGUUAGUGUAGUAAAGUAUAGUUGAGUUAAACUGCAGCGGUUUAGCAGGGGAACAGAUUGAAGCGGCGUCUACCUGAACGUCAAACUCUCCAAAUCCAAUCAGAUUGCUGGUCUGGAGGCCGAGCAGGAAGAGAAAUACAAAAAAACAAAAACAAAAGACAGACGGCGAGAUUUACAGCUGAGAAGACAGAGAUCAGACUGAGCAGGAAAAACAAAUGACUGCUGCUUCAGGAACUCUGAACACAGUCAACUCUACAGUUUGAGUAUGAAGAGGCAGAGAGGAUGCGGUUUCCAGUUUUCUGUGCGUUCCUCAAGAUGUUGCUCACUCAAAGUUAAAUAAUGAAAACAUGAGCGGUUCUGUUAACAACCACCAAGUAACAGAAAAGUAUCAAUCGUAGUAUCGAUACGCCUCCACCGACCAGUCCUGCUGCAGUUAAUAAGACUGUGAAUUCUUGAAUUGUGGCCGUAAAUGUGUUUGGUGCUGUCACGGUGACCUUUGGCCUUUUGACCACCUGCAUGUAAUCAGUUCAUCUUUGAGUCCAACUGAAUAUUUGUAUUAAAUUUGUAUUAAAAUUCCCUCGAGGCCUUACUGAGAUAUCGUGCUCAAAGUAAAGGGACGGCUGCCCGUUAAUUGAAUUUUGCCGGCACGAGUGAGAAACAGCUUCCCAUAAACACAGCUCAGUCUCAGAAGAUUUACAAUGACCCAACAAAUGGAGGAUUUGGGAGAAAUCCGAGUGUGAAAACUGUGGAUGGUUCUGUCAGCGAGCCGUGCAGAGUUUAAAGCAGCAGUGUUGGAUCCAGGUGAAGGUGAUGGCUCCCUCUCUGCUGCUCUCACUGAACCUGAGCAGGAAGCACAGCCUUCUCCCUCUCCUCUCCUACUGAUGAAGCCCAUGAUGGAGCUGCGACACAGGGCAGAGGUUUAUGGUCAAAUCUCACACUCACCACUGCGUCUGCUGCAGGAGAACCAGAGUGGCACUCACCCGUUGUUCCAGAUGGAGAGGAGGUGUCGUUUAAUCCUUCAAUCCUCAGCCUGUCUUCCACACUUACUAACCAUCAUUAUCACUUUCUUCUUGUUCUUUCAGGCCAAAGAGCUGCAGACUCUUCACAACCUCCGCAAACUCUUCGUUCUGGACCUCACCACACGGGUUAAGAAGAGUGCAGAGAUGGACUGUGAGGAAGGGCUUGGCAACAUCGCCCAGAAACAGAAGAUCUCAUUCCUGGAGAAUAACUUGGAGCAGCUCACAAAAGUCCACAAGCAGGGUCCGAGUUGCAACAUGGCCCGAGUUUCAUACCUACCCCACAAUCAACCUUCCCUGGGCAGUACCGGGUGGGUGCUGGGUCCAAAAACAACAGAAAUUUUGGAGGAAAAAUUUUAUUCUUAA